CCGGAAGUAAAGGUUCAUUUCGUUAUAAUUUCGUCGCUCUGGUGAAGUAUAGCAUUUUAAUUUUUUAAAGUACCUUCGUUGGCGUUCAGGCGACUGUUUGCCAGCCUACAAUUUAGCGAUCUGGCAGUUUUUGAAAACUGACGCUACGACACAAAAAUGAAGGAAUUUAUUCCGCUUGCUUUGCAACUGCUCUUGGCGGCUAACGUCGAAAGUUGGAACGAAGGCAGCGUACUGUUACGUGACGUCCAGGUGGUAACGUUGUACAAGGGUCGCUACACCACAGCGCGUCGCUCCAGCCCGGUACCUCAGCUCCAAUGUGCCGGCGGUUCAGCGGGCUGUGGAGCUUUCAUCCCAGAAGUGGUCCAGUGUCAGAAUAAAGGCUGGGAUGGUGUUGAUGUUCAGUGGGAAUGUAGGACGGAUAUGGACAACGCGUACCGGUUUGGCCAUAUCGAGUUGAACUGCGAGGGCUACAGUCAUCCUGAUGACAGCUACGUCCUCAAAGGCUCCUGCGGGCUGGAGUACACACUGGAACUGACUGAAGAGGGAAAGAAGAGGACACGAGGGAAUGGAGAUUCACACCACGGAUUCAAGAAUACAUUUGGAGGUUUUGGGGAUUUUGCCUCAAGUUUCUUCAGUGGUUUUUCCAGCAACAAGCAUCAUCACCACCAUGAUAACCGACAAAGGUACAAGAGCUCUUCGCCCCUGGCCAGCGAGGACUCAGGAAGCUUUCUGGUGGUUGGUCUGUUCCUGCUGUUGGCUUUUGGUGUCUACAAGCUCUUCCUCAGUGGAAACACGACUCCCACUGGACAAGGUGGCAAUCAAGAUGGCUACCCCGGAGAAAAUCCCACUGGCUACAGCGCAGGACCCCCACCCCCGGGAUUCAAACCUGAGUUUGCUGGGUCCACAUUUGGUUAUCCCGGUGCCAACCCAGGAUAUGGAUUCCGCAGUCAGUACAGCCAAAGGCACCCCAACCCAUGGGGCAGCACUGCAUCAGGAACAGGAGGGGGCUUCUGGACCGGCCUUGGGACAGGAGGAAUGUUGGGAUAUCUCUUUGGUCGUCAAAGCAGUCGGCCGUACACCAAUAACCAAGCGCAGUACCAUGACAGCGGGCCAGCAUUUCCAAGAAACACCACCUUUAGCACUGGGACACGCACUGCAUCAGGUUUUGGAGGAACCAAGAGAAGAUAAAAGCUCUGAGAGAUGAUGGCGUCUUCUACUGAAGCUUUUUCAGUUCAUCACAACCAGGAGACGACACAAAGAUGAGGCCACAUUCACGUUUCCAAACUCACCAACACAGUGGAAUGAUGCAUCCCAGGGUAGAGAGCUGAAAAGUGUUGUCGGUGGUAAAUCAAACAGUACAGAAACACAAUGGAAAAAAUUUAAAAUGUCUUCUCUCUUAAUUGAUAACUGAGGGGAUGCAGUUGUUUCCUCAAAGUUCAUUUACACUGCCUUGCAAAAGCAUUCAGCCCCCUUGACAGUCGAAAAAAGCUACGUCAAUGUUGUUUUCAAUAUUUUAAGGUCAUGGCGAGUGUCAAAAUACUAGGUUCUUACACUUUCAUAGUCAUCCACUGGUUUUCACAUUAUAAUAGCACACAAGGAGAAGGAGCACACGCACAGUGUAAAAACUAUAUUUAAUCAAUUGUUUGUUUGUUUAUUUUCAUUGAGUUUUGCAAAACAAAAUACACUUGUGUCAUCAGAGCAUUUACAGAGUAAAAAGUAUAUAUUCCCUCUGUAAAGACACAUUAUAAAAAAGUGAACAAUUAUUGCUGAACACCAUAACAACCCACAGAAACUAAGAAAACAAACACAACACAACCAGAAACAAACAACAAAAAGAGAUUAAAAAAGGAAGAGAAAAACCCCGUCAGUCAGCUGAUAAUAAACCGUGUCAGUAAUAGUAAAUUGUGUCAGUAACAGCCACUAACAGUCAGUGCAGCAGCAUAUCACCCACGUCACAACAAACCCAAUGGACUGUUCUCCCCCCUGCACUCUGGGAGGCGCUACAGGAGCCUCAGAGCCCGCACUACCAGGCUCAAAAACAGCUUCUUUCCCCACGCUGUUGCCCACCUGAACCUGGCCACCCACUGAAUGUCUGUGGGUAUUUUUAAAUAUGUUGUACUCCAGCUGUGAUAUUAUACCCAUAAACCAGACUGUUACUUUAAUAUCUUAAAGGUGUGCACUAAUUAUGUCCAACUGAGUUUACCUGAGUAUGUUUUAGGAAUGAUUUGUCAUUUGUGUAAACUUGGAGCUUUCAGAGCACACGGGGCUGAAUACUGGGCUGAAUACUUGUGCAACUUGCUGUUAGAGCUUAUGUGUUCACAAAAAUAAUACUGUUCAGGAAGAGAUGUGUGAGUAUCUUUUAUAAUCCAUAAAUUAGUGAUGACUGCCAAGGGGGUUGAAUACUUUUGCAAGGCCCUGUAUCUGUAAAAGUACGAUUUGAUGAUUUGCGCCAAAGCAUCAGCAGCUUGUUCCGAGGAACGCAGGAACGAUUCUUCCUCUCGGACAUUAUUUUACUGUUUAGAAAUGAGAGUGCUGUUUCCACUGCAUCAUAACUUGUAUUUGUUCGAAGGGGAUAGCGCCCUUAAAAAGUAAAAAUGUUUGUCUGCCAAUGAAAGCAACUCUGUCACAAAGCUAAUGACCAGCAGGGGUGUCGUUUAGAAAACGGUGCGCAGGAUCCUUACUAAAAGUGCACGUGCGCACAAAAGUUGAAAAUGGCGUACGCUAAAGAAAAUUAAAUAAAAAUUGGACUUGAACGUGUGAGAGGCCUCUCCCUAACCCUAACAACCUGGCUUCAGUUCACCACCUCGCCAUCUGCGUUCACCUGCAGGGGGCGCACACGUUUGCACGUUUUGCGCGGGAAGUGGCACAGGCCGCUCUCAGGCUCCGCUCUGUGCGUCCGCAGCGGUGAUGAGUGAGAGCCUGGGGCGGUAUGACCCGCAGGGGUCAGAGUUCAUAACCCCGUCUGACUACAACAAACCAUCUAUCAGCGCGUCACAAAACGUGUCAGUCCUUGGGAUGAAUCCUCAUGAACGGCUUCGGUUCACAUCUUUACUUCUACGUUUUUAUGGCCGAGUCUUCUGAAAUCUGGAGUUGACUUUACUGUCCCAGACAAUAAUGAGCAGAUUAUUUAAAAUGAAUAAAUAGAUAAAAUUGUGCUGUGACACGUGUGUAUAAUCUAUUUAAGUUGUUUUGCUUGAUAUGAAAAUGAGUAUAGGAGUUACCACCGAGAAUGUAAGGCACGCUAUUUGUUUUUCUUUUUGUUUUUGUUCUUUGUAAUAUUUAACUACGCUGUGGGACAACAAAUAAAAACAAAUACAGUAAUUUUCCGGCAGCUGGAGCACCAAAAAAUACCAUACAAAAACGGAAAAUAUCUGUCUUAUUAAAUAAAGUAAGUUACAGUUUGUGGCUUUAAUUUUACAUGAAACCUUGUGUUUGUGUUUUUUUUGUUUUCUUCCUAGCGUUUUAAUGCUUAACGGAGGAUAUUUACAGAUGUAAAAACUGAAAUUACUUAUAUGGUCAAACACUGCUAUAAUACAAAUAAUCUGGCUUAAAAUCGCAGAUGAGUGCUGUUGGGUUUUAUUAUAUAAUUUUAUGUAAAAAAAUGUGUUUAUUUAAUCAAUAAUAAUUUAAUAAAAUGAUAAACGAGCCACAAAACGUUUGAUUUACCU